CGCUGCGCGGGCAGAGUCUAGGCAGGGGGAUCCAACAACCAGCCCUGGAGGAAAAAAUAACUCACAGCAGCGAUCGUCUGUUUCAAGAUUAUUUUAUUGCAGUGAGGUAGGCCAGGCCAGUGUGUGUAUCCAUGAAUGUACGUCACUAUGAUGAUGACCGACCAGCUGAUGGACUUAGCUCCGCCUCCGCGGCUGAACGGGGAGCUGCCGCUGAUGCAACACAUGGUUAAUGGAGACGCAGCGCAACAGGUGAUCCUGGUACAGGUGAAUCCAGGGGAGACCUUCACCAUCAGAGCGGAGGACGGCUCGCUGCAAUGCAUCCAGGGUCCUGCUGAGGUCCCAAUGAUGUCCCCCAAUGGAUCAAUCCCCCCCAUCCACGUCCCCCCAGGAUACAUCUCCCAGGUGUUAGAAGACAACACAGGAGUGCGUCGGGUGGUCGUCACCCCCCAGUCUCCUGAAUGUUAUCCCCCGUACUCCCCCGCUCUCUCCCCCACGCACCACCUCCCGCCGUACCUCACCCACCCCCACUUUAUCCCCAACUCUCACUUUCUACCCCCUGUGAGUCCUGGAGACCUGCCCCCCCAGUACUACCAACACCACCUCCCGCCCAUAUAUGGAGAAGAGAUAAUCCCAGUGUAUGGCAUGUCCAGCUACGUUGGCAGAGAGGAGAGCUACAACAAGCCCCAGCCGAAGAAGAUGAAGGAGCAGAGACAGCUGGAGCGACAGAACAGACUCAACUCUCCUCCCUCCUCCCUGUACAAGUCUCUGGGCUCCAGCCACAAUGGAUACAGCGGGAAGAGCCACGUCCCUUCGCUAGGGUCAUUGGGGUCAAUGGGAGGAGCUAACAGUCCAGGAGGGAAGAAGCCGGAACGACGACAACUACGGAGCAGCCCAAGGAGCAACGAGCCAGACACACACACACAAUCACCGCAAGAUCACGACUCGGAGGCAAAAAGAGUUCAGGAAGUGCUCUCCGCCAUCGACAAACCACAGGUCAGUCACACACAUACACGCACGCACGCAGACACACACACUCACUCACACACACACUUGCAGACAAAGACAUCUGUACCUAAAGGUGUCUUCCUCACAGAGCAGUAUGUCCUUUGGAGCCCAGAACACCUGCAGUUUGUCCCCAGGGCAGAUUGGGUGCAGUGGAGGUUUGUCCUGGGCUCCCCGUAUUCAGUGGAUGUGGUGUCCCCAGCAGACAGCCAGUCUUCAGUGGAUGUGGUAAAACACACUAUCUCUGAAACAGGUAAAACACACUCUCUGAUCCUGACUGUGCAGUGUGUGUGUGUGUGUGUGUGUGUGUGUGUGUGUGUGUGUGUGUGUGUGUGUAGUGGAGAGGAGUUGGAGUGCCAUCUAAAAGACCUGAGGCCAGCUUCAGACUACCACGUACGAGUCAGCGCUGUGUGUAACUCUAACUUGAGGGGUGUGUGUUCGGAGACGGGGUCGUUCACAACCCACACCUGCCCCCCCGACCUGCCCUUCCCCCCCAAACUGUCUCACCGCACCAAGAGCACACUCACACUACAGUGGAAGCCUCCGAUCGACAACGGAUCCAAAAUCACAAACUACCUUCUUGAGUGGGACGAGGGAAAGAAGAACAGUGUAUUUAGAGAAUGUUACUUUGGGAGCCAGAGACACUGUAAGCUGACCAGACUGUGUCCUGCUGUGGGCUACACCUUCAGAGUGGCUGCUCACAACGACAUAGGCACCAGUGGUUUCAGUACGGAGGUUGUGUUCUACACUACAGGUACGCUGCCCUCCUGCCCCCAGGCACCGCGGCUGCUGCGGGCGGGCGUCUCCUGGGUCACGCUGGAGUGGGGCCGUCCCGAGGGCAGCUCCAACGAGGAACUAAUCACAUACACACUCGAGAUCCAGGAGGACAAUACCGGAACAGACUUUCAUCCGCAGUACACUGGAGACAACCUAACCUCCACAGUGCAAGGCCUGAAGAGGAGCACACAGUACAAAUUCAGGCUGAUAGCAUCUAACAUGGAGGGUGGCAGUAAACCCAGUGAAGUGUUGGUGUGUACUACCUGCCCUGACAAACCUGGACCCCCUUCUCCCCCCCGAGUCACGACCACUACAUCGUAUGGCUUCACCAUCACCUGGGAUCCUCCCCAGGACAAUGGAGGUUCAGAAGUUCUGACGUAUCUGCUGGAGAUCUCAGAAGGCAGCUCUGACGCGGGCCAGUGGGAGGUGGUGUACAGCGGCCCCGCUACAGAGUGUGUGUGUGAAGAACUGACGCCCGGCACAGUUUACCGCCUGCGAGUGUGUAGCAUCAGUACCGGUGGACACAGCCAGUGUUCCUUCAGCAUUCCGGUUCGGACUUUGAGCGUUGUCCCCGAACCCUGCCAACCGCCCAGGAUCGUGGGUAAAGCCAAACACAAGGAAGUACAGUUAGAAUGGGACGCCCUGACGUCAGAAGGUGUGUGUGAGGAGUGUGUGUUCAGUCUGGAGAUGACAUCAUCAGAGGACGACGCUGAGUCCAGUGAGAUAUACAAUGGGACAGAGCUGCAGUGCAGUGUGGGUAGCCUGCUGCCGGGGGCAACCUACAACUUCAGACUGAGGGCUGCCAACGAGGCUGGGUUCGGAGAGUACUCUGAGGCAGUGGAGGUGACGACAGCAGCGGGUCCUCCAGGCCAGUGUGUGGCGCCACUCAUCACUCUGAACAACACCACCUGUCUAACAGUCAGCUGGGAGAGUCCUGAAGGAUCAGGCUCUGACAUCUCAGAGUAUCGCCUGGACUGGUCCAGGGAGGAGGAGCCUAUGGAGCUGAUCUACUGUGGACCAGAGACCCAGUGUGAAGUAUCAGACCUGACCCCCGCAACACACUACUGCUGUAGACUACAGGCGGUGAACCAGGCGGGGGCGGGGCCUUACAGUGAACAGAUGACCUUCCAGACUCCAGCGACUAAUCCCGACGCAGUCUCUUCUUUCUUCCUGCUUGACCAGCUCCAAUCAGAUCAGUCCCCCUCCACCUGCCUCUUCCUGAAGUGGGAGGAGCCUAACUUUAAUGGGGCGGAUAUAACGUCUUACAUCAUCAGUCUGGACGAUCAACUCAUUACCGUGGAAACAGGAACCAGUCACCUGAUCACUGACCUUCAGCCAGACAGCCAGUACAGUGUGCGGAUCCAAGCGGUGAAUGUGAUUGGCUGUGGCCCGUUGAGCCCACCUCUGGUGGCUAGGACACGCCCCCUCCCUCCGGCUCCUCCUCCUUUGGAAUGUUCGGCUGCCGGCCCCCAGAGCCUGAAACUGAAGUGGGGGGAGAACGCUGCACACACACACACCCGCGCCCUGCUCUCCAAUGACAUGUUCUACACACUACAGAUGGAAGAUAAGAACCACAGGUUUGUGUGUAUCUACAGAGGUCCCAGUCAUACUUACAAGGUGCAGCGCCUGACCGAGUCCACCAGUUACCGGUUCAGGAUCCAUGCAUGUAGUGAUGCAGGGGAGGGACCGUUCUCAGACAUACAUACCUUCUCUACCACCAAGACUGUACCCUCUGCACUCAAAGCUCCCAGAGUGCACCAACUGGAAGGGAAUGUGUGUGAGGUCACCUGGGAGACCAUCCCACCAAUGAGAGGUGACCGUGUCAACUACAUCCUGCAGGUGCUGGUUGGACGAGAGUCAGAGUACAAACAGGUGUUUAAGGGAGAAGAGAGUGCCUUCCAAAUCACCGGACUCCAAGGCAACACCGACUACCGUUUCCGUGUAUGCGCCUGCCGCCGUUGCCAGGAUACCAACCAGGAACUCUGUGGCCCUCUAAGCCCCUCCUCCCCAUUCACCCUGCGUCGUCAGGAGCAACAGUGCCUGGGGGAGACCAGCGCCGUGGAGACGGUGAAAGGGGCGGGGAUAAUAUCCAGCGAUGAGCGCUUUGCGGCGGUCGUGGUGUGUGUGUUCGCCGGUGUCUCCAUCCUCAUGGCCUGUCUGCUACAAUACUUCUUCAUGAAGUGAGGGAAUGAAUCGGCAACAGGAUAGAAAAGAGAAAACAAAACGAUAGCGAAAGAAAACUAGCAUCUACUAAAGAAAGGAAAGAAAACAAACACUAGAGAAUCAAGUGCAGGAUAGAAAGAGAAAAAAACCGAGAGAGGAAACAGACUUCAAACGAAACAGACCUGAGCUGUACUUCAGUUAUUCUACCGCGACAUUGUAGUCCACGUAUCUCUUUCCUUUUCUCUCUCCCCUCUCUCCUCUCUCUCUUUCCCUCUCUCUCUCGCUCGCUCUCUCUGUUUCUCUUGUCAUUGUUAUUUUGGUCUCUCUAUCUUAUGUAAUGGAUGUAUUUUGGAGGGAAGCUGUUCGUGGCCAGAACAAACAAACUGAUAACCAAGCAUUAGCCAGCCAGGAGCCCAGCAAGCUCCUCAAUGACCCGCAUGACAUUAUUUUGUAUCUUUUUAAACCUAAUAGACAAAGUGUGCUUUUCUUUAUAUUUCUUUCCUUUCAAUUCCUUACUUUACUGUGUCUGUGUCCUAUUUGCGCUGUUCGCUGCAGUCUUUUGUAGUUUUUUUUCCGUUGUGCCAUUUUGAAAUGUAGUUCUCAAACUUUAGCCAUGUAUUCAUCACUAUCUGUUACCUUGUCUAUUAUAGGCCAAAUCAUGCAAUCUUGAUGCACAGAUGCACACAGACACAUAGACACAGACACACAGAAACACAUGCAGAUGCACAGCGUAACAAACACACACACACACACAUGCACACACACACACAUGCACAGAGAGACAGAAACACACACACUCACUCAGAUGCCUUCUCUUCUGUGUUCUUUAUUCAGCUACCAAAGCGAUGCCAUUGUUAAAAAAUGCUGCUAUCCUGUUUCGUUAUAUCUGAGAAAGAAUGGAUUUAGUUACCUAAUAUAUACAAUCUAUAUCAAAUAUAUCUAAGAUAGAUCUACCUAUCUAUAUUUGUAGGGGGCGAUGCUAUGAUGUAAUAUAAGAAGUGUAGAGGUCUGAUUGACAGAGAGAAAGAGGAGGGAUCCAGGUAGAUGUUGCCUUUUAACCACAGAUCUAGGACCAGCUUCCUCUCCCCUGAAGCUAACCUAAACCCUUAGGAGUGGGAAAUGCAAAGCUGACUUUAGAUCAGUUUAGGGCAAGGGUGUAAAACCAGGCUCCUAGAGGGCCACACACCUGGCCAUAUCUAGCCAAUCAGCAACAACAGUUGAUCAAUUUAGUUUGAGGUUGAUAAAAACAUGAUGACACUUUGACCUGUGAGAACUGGACCUGACACCCCUGGUCUAGGGAUAACCUGGUAUAUUCCACUGGGAGUGGUUUAGUGAAUUAUAAUAUGUAUUCUAGGUGCUCACCUGCAGAUCUGAGGUCAGUUCAGUAGCCAGUCCCCGCUGUCGAAUGUAGAGGUUACUGAAGUAACCUUUUAUCCGCCCCCUGCCCCCACUCAACCCUCAUACCUAUUCAUACCCUUCUUUUUUCUCUGCCCCCUCUCUCUUUUUCUCUCCCUCUGCCAUUCUCAGUACGUCUCCCUCCCCUCCUCAUUCCUAACCUCCCUCCCUCUCCCUCCGUCUCUCUAAUUAAUGCUGUUAUCAUCCCUCUCU